UACCUUUGCGGUCCUGAGCCAUCCCUUUCUCGGAACUGGGGUCCCCUCCCACCAACCAAGAAAGCUCCGCCCAAAGCAGCCCCGCCCGCACCAGGGGAUCAGGUGACCUCGGGCCGGUGCGGUCACGUGACUGGGCGCGCCCGCCCGUUGUGGCCAUGGCGGCCGCAAGCUCUAGUGUGGUCAGGCGAGUGGAGGAACUCGGAGACCUGGCUCAGGCCCACAUACAACAACUUAGCGAAGCCGCCGGCGAAGAUGAUCACUUUUUAAUUCGCGCCUCUGCAGCUCUAGAAAAAUUGAAACUUCAGUGUGGAGAAGACAAAGAAUGUUCAACCCCAUCAAAUCUUCUAGAACUUUACACACAGGCUAUUUUGGACAUGACAUAUUUUGAGGAGAACAAGCUAGUAGAUGAAGAUUUUCCUGAAGAUUCUUCACAGAAAGUAAAAGAGUUGAUCAAUUUUCUUUCAGAACCAGAAAUUUUGGUUAAAGAAAAUAAUAUGCAUCCAAAACAUUGCGAUUUGCUUGGAGAUGAACUCCUGGAAUGUCUCUCCUGGAGACGAGGAGCCCUGCUCUACAUGUAUUGUCAUUCUCUGACCAAAAGGAGAGACUGGCUCACAAGAAAAUCUAGCUUACUUAAAAAGUACCUUGUUGAUGGAAUCAGUUACUUACUACAAAUGCUGAAUUUUCGAUGUCCCAUCCAGUUAAAUGAAGGAGCUUCUUUCCAAGACCUAGACACAGCUAAAUUACUAAGUGAAGGAAUAUUUAGUGACAUUCAUUUGCUGGCUAUGAUGUACAGUGGAGAAAUGUGUUAUUGGGGAUUGAAGCAUUGUGCAGAUCAACAGCCAGAAAAUCAUGAAAUGGAUACUGGCGUUUCUGGAGGAAGUUACGCUACACACAAAGAACCUUUGGAUUUCCGAGAAGUAGGAGAGAAAAUUUUGAAAAAGUAUGUAUAUGUAUGCGAAGGACCCCUGAAAGAACAAGAAUGGAAUACAACAAAUGCAAAACAAAUUUUAAACUUCUUUCAGCAUCACACUAACUAGUAAGUUCUUCUAGUCCUUUUCAAACAGAAAAACAAAAAGACUCAGGAAAUGAAAAUUCCAGAAAAGAAGACAUAAUGAUACUGAAUUUAUGAACAUUACACUACAUAAAGAUAGCCAGCAUGGUUACCCUUUUUUAAAUGCCAUUACUGUCUUUCACUAUAUAUUCUUAAACCUGUGAAGGAAUGAUUCUUUAAUUUCUGAAAUGGCAUUUACAUUAUUCUAACUCAGCCUGAACUACAGAUAUCCUGUGACUAAUAUUAAGAAGGAAUCCAAUUUAUCUCUAUAAAGAUUUUUUCUGUUAUUAAUUCUUUAGAUUUUUUUUUACUGUGGUACAAUAGACAUAACAUAAAAUUGAACAUUUUAACUGUUUUUAUAUAUUUUUUUAGUCUCCCUCUCUUGAAGUUUGCUACACUUCAGAGAUUAAAAUCAAGUCACCUCUUUGCUUUGGAUAUAUGCUAUGGGUGUAUUUAAAAAUUGGCAAAAUGAAAAAUUGUGACUUGUAUCCAUGUACCACUUUCAGAGUAAGAUAAAUAAUGAAAGACUCCACAGAAGAAUUUUUGUUUCACUACAUAGUACUAAUGGCAUUUAAAAUUUUUAGUCUGUUAGGCAUUUUAUAAAAAUUUUAAAAUGAUUUUUCUUCUUUUGUUUAAAAGAAUAUGCAUGGUUUAUUAAACAAAUAAUGAAGAUAAAAUCGUUAGGUUACUCUGCCAUUAGUCAUGUGUCUUAGGGCACAUCUUUUCAUACAUUCUGAAAUUUUAAUAUUUUCUGUCUUUGAUUGUAGGGGUGAGUGUUAAAGGCCAAGAGCCCAGCCUGCUAUCUCACUGACAGUCUUUCUGUCUACCUCAGUUCCUGUUGUCGUCUAGGGAUGACCUGGCUGAUACCUUGCCAGUGUCCUCAAUCUCUGGGCCAUUGACUUCAUCACAUUCCAGGAACUUGACUCCCAUGGCCACUCCAUGAAUAUCACCAUCCUGAGUUUCUGUUUCUGAAAUCUUUAAUUUCAGUAACUAAUGACAUUUUCAUCUUUCCAACUUUUUACUUCCUCAUUUUUGUUGAUUUUUCUCUCUUACUGCUUUCCUAUCUCUUUUGCUUCUUCAGAGCCUCCUGUUACUACUACUUUUUUCCUCACCAUCAGCCCCUUUCAGAGUUUUCUUCCUUCCCUGUCCAGCCUUGAUUUUCUGGGACAUCACAUGAAGAGCUUUCUACAGUCCCUUCAGAUCCCAUCUUCCCCUUGUCCUUCAGCCUAAUCAUUCUUCAGGCCUUCUCUCCAUAUUGAAUUAAUCCUAUCAUUCCCCCUUCUUUUCUGGGAUACUGAAUUCCAUGUGAAGUUCCUGCAGCCCUUCAAAGUGGAGUCACUCUAAAGAUCUCACCUUCAAGUUUAGAAGAGCCCUCAGCGUAGGCCGUUUAUCUGUCCCUUUCCCCUUGUGGCUCACACGCACCUCUGACUUGCCUCAUCACUGUUCUCUGGCCAUUUGUCCCCUCCCCUAGCACAUGGCUCUUAGUCUUGAAUAGAGACUAUGCGGAGGUCAGUCUCUGUUUCCCCGCUUUGCCCUACUCAUUUUCCCGCUUUUUCGAGGAAAAGAGGUCUCCACCUCUUUUCCUCUCCACCAAUUUCCCCACCUUUCCUUUCUACCGACUUUCUCCUUUCUCCCAGGGCUUCUCUUUUUUACUGUCUGUACCCUGUAGGUAUUACUAUUACCCAAAGUACUAUCCUUUUUCUCUUUUUCCUCCUUCUCCCCUAUUUCCUUCCUACCUUUCUCUUUUUUUUUCUUUUUUACUUUAAAUAUAGUUGACCCUUGAACAAUGCAGGUUUGAAUUUUGAACUGCAUGGGACUGCCUAUAAAUUUUUUUUUAAAUAGUUAAUACUACACUUCUACACAACCAUCAGUUGGUCAUAUCCUCAGAUAUGGAUGGCUAACUAUAAGUUAUAUUCUGAUUUUUUACUGCCAGGAGGAUUCAUCCCUAAUCCCCUCAUUGUUCAAGGAUCAACUGUACUUCUGUGUGAUGUUAUUCAUAGCCAUGGCUUCUGCCACCUGUAAUGUUAGGCUGACUCCAAAACCUGCACUUUGAAUCCCAACUUCUGCUCUCUAAACCUUCUUUCUAAUUGCCUAUUAAAUAUCUUCACUUAGACAUCCCACAGUAAUUUUAAAUUUAACGUGCUCACACACAGCUAAUCUUCAUCUUUCACCUAUAAUCUUUUCCAGUUCAUGUUUUCUUUUUUCUUCAAUCUUCCACAAAGCAGGGCAACACAGAAUGCUGUAAUCUGCUUUCUUCUGCCUACCUUGCCAGUCUCAUCUCUGCAGCUCUUCUUGUGUGAUCAUAUUCUAGUACUUGUUCCUUAGGCUCCUUUUUGAUAAAUAUUCUGAUAGAACCUCUUGGGACAAGUGGAUACUUUCUCCCUAUCUCUGUCUCUUGUUUAUCCUCACACAGCUAAGAAUAUUUUUAUUUAAUUCAGUCUUUAACAAGUUUUGCUGUGAAAAAUGCCUCUAUGCUUUCUAAGCAUGAAGAUUUAAAUCACAGACUACCCAUCCUCACUCCACCCCUUUUGGAGCAUCAUGAUCAGUCACAAGUGUACCAGUUCCUUUCCCAAUGUGCUAUGUGUUUUUUUUUUUCCUUUGUUAUUCUUGUUACUUCUAACUGGGAUGCAUUGCCCUUCUUUGUGGCUAAGGGAAUAUUUUUCCUUAAGGACUCAGCCCCAGUGAUAUUGUGUCUGUAAUGCUUUUUCCAGCCCUUUUCAGUCAAAGUUACAAGUUUUGUUUCUGCUCCCUGAAUCUUCGCCUCCCUGAAUCUUCCCCUCCCAUGUUGUUUUAUUGCUUUAUAGUCAUUUUUCUUAAGAGUUGACAAAUUCCAUGUUUUGAAAAUUUAUCUUUAUGCAUAGUGUUUAAUGAAUGAUAGGCCCUUAGUAAUGCUUUUUGAAUUAAUAAGAGACAUGAUUCUUAAGUGCUUAACUCUGCCACAAAAGGGUUUCUGAUAUCUGAUUCCAAACUGCCAUGCCCUCUUGUACCAGUGGUUGACAAGGCCAAGAAGGAAUUAUUCCUCAGAGGAGUAAAGUAUUGUUUAGAUUUAGAACCAGAGAAAAAAAGAGGACUUUGUCUUCAGAAGCUAGAGACUCCAUUUUGUCCUCAUGACCCCUGUGAAACAGCCCUUUUGGGUCUCUCACUGGUUGGUAUACUAAUGAGGGUACUGUUGGGGUGCUUUCUGUACAACUUUUUCAUCCCCCACACAAUUGGAGAAUAAUUUGUAGAUCAUAACAUUUACAGUGCUUUUUACUGUGAUAUAUCACAAAGCAAUGAACAGUACAUUUUUAUAUAUUAAAGCCUGAUAAAUGAAUUGUUUCAUUUAGAAUGGAUUAACUUCAAAAUACCAAAUAUUCCACAUAAGGAAGGUACUAUAAUUCACUGAUCAAAGUAUUAUAAUUUACUUAUCAACACGUGCCUGCUACAUGCUGUUUUAUCCUUUAGCCCUUCAAAGUGGAGUCACUCUAAGUAUCUCACCUUCAAGUUUAGAAGAUCCCUCAGCAUAAGCCAUUUAUCUGUCCCUUUCCCAUUGGACAGGGACAGACUUCACAUGGAAUUUCCACUUUAUCCACUGAGAAUAUAGCUUUGUAAAACAUCAGAGUUUAUAUUCUAGUGGAAGAAGUUAAUGCAUUUUAAGAAGUAAAAAUAUAGUGUGGUGAGUGUUGAGUGCAAUGAAUAAUUAAGCAGGCUAGUGUGACUCUUAAGAAAGGUGCUGUUUUAUUUAGGGUGGUUGGGAAGACACCUCCAAGCACCUAUCUACUUCAUCAUUUGUGUCUCCCCUCUGUUUAAACACCAUCAAAUGUGCCAUUUUGCAUUCAGUGUAUUCAUAAAAUUUCUCUUUUGAAAGUUUUGAUGCUGGAUUAAAGAAUGAAUCACUUCCUAAGAACUUUUCAUUUUGAUCACAUUUAAAGGGUUUCUCUCCAAUGUGGGCCUUACUAUUGGGUAAGUGAUAACCUAAAGGCCUUGUAGAAUUUAUUACACUUGGAGUUCCUCUCCAUUUUGAACUCCUUGAUGGGUUACUAAAACUUUAACUCUUGUAAAGGAAUUUUCAUAAUCCUUAAAUUUGUAUGGUUCUUUUCCAGGAUGAAUUUUCCCAUGUUAACUAGGCUUUGAGACUUAGUUAAAGGCUUGUCUGCUUUGCUGCAUUUAUAGGGUUUUUGCUAUUGUGAAUUGCUUGAUGCUGAUUAAAGUGCACAUAAUGACAGAAGACUUUCUCUUAUUUCUUCGUGUUCAGUAGAGUGAAGUGAGAGUCAUGGCUAAAACCCCACAAUAAAAUUUCCCUUCUUGCCUUGUAACAGCAAGUAAGUUCCAUCUGUAAGUUCCACUGGAAAUUCUGUAAUGUAAGGGGGUAUGGUCUCUUAAAGGCUUUCUCAGAUUCUUUUUAAUGCCAUUUUUUAAAUACUCACAGCUGGCUGAUAGGCUAGUUGUAGAUCGCUUGUCACUUUUUCUUCUCCACCUUCCAGGGCUCCUUUUCUGGCUCCCAUAAGGAUAUCCCUUCUGCACAGAGUACAGGAUUCCGUAGUUCUCUAGCAUCACUUUCUUGUAUUAUUUUUUUUUAACACAGUAUGAGCUGUCAUGUUAUGAAAGUAUUACAUGAACAUACAUUUAAUGUAUCCACAGUCAAAGUAUGCAUUACGUAUUUGUGCUGCUGUCCCUUACUGGUUUUUGUUUGUUUUCCUACUUCUAGUGAAAAUUUCCAAGUAAAGUGUUUUGGAGCAUAUAAAAUUAAAAAAAAAAAUAAAACCAUAAUCCCAUA